AUGGACAAAACAGAGUCUCGAGCACUUCCGGCUAACGACGCGCGAAGUCACCUCGGUGCCAAACGCCCAGCUCCCAAAGAACUUGCGAGCGGCCCCAGCGCCAAAAGGAACAAAGACUCUCAUGACGAACCGACGGAGCUGGAUGUUAGCCCUCCUACUAUCGCUCAGUGGACCCCUUUUCCGGACAAACCUGCAGUACUGGAGGAGCUAAGAGGCGAAAUAGAGUAUCGGGUAGUCAACAAUGAUGGCUCUAGAGAAAGCACAAUUAUUCUCACAGGUCUUAAAUGCCUCUUCCAAAAACAACUUCCAAAAAUGCCCAAAGAGUAUAUCGCACGUCUUGCCUACGACCGUACUCAUGUGUCUAUAGCCCUUGUCAAAAUGCCUCUACGGGUUAUCGGUGGAAUAGCAUAUCGGGAAUUCCGAUGCCGCAAGUUUGCCGAAAUUGUGUUUUGUGCAAUCUCCACUGGCCAGCAAGCCAAGGGAUAUGGAGCACAUCUUAUGGCUCAUCUGAAAGACUAUAUCAGAGCUACUUCCCCAGUGAUGCAUUUUUUAACUUACGCUGAUGAUUAUGCCACUGGCUAUUUUCAAAAACAGGGCUUUACAAAACAUAUCACUCUCAAUAAAGCUAUCUGGGCGGGCUAUAUUAAGGAUUAUGAAGGGGGAACGCUGAUGCAAUGUUCUUUGCUUCCCCGAAUGAGGUAUCUUGAGGCUGGCCGUAUGCUCCUCAAGCAGAAGGAAUGUGUUCUAGCCAAGAUACGUAACUUCAACACAAAUCAUGUUAUCCAUCAGCCACCUGAGCAAUGGGCUAACAGCCACGGUGACAUUACACCAAUUGAUCCACUCUCCAUCCUGGCUAUUCGUGCAGCCGGUUGGUCUCCUGACAUGGACGAACUAUCACGGAUACUGCCACACGGUGGACCUUAUUUUAAAGAACUUCGGCAAUUUCUGGGCCUGAUCCGAAACCACAAAAGCGCAUGGCCUUUUACUAACCCUGUUGACAAAGACGAAGCCCCCAGUUAUUAUGAUGUCAUUGAACAGCCAAUGGACCUGUCAACGAUGGAAGACAGGCUGGAACUUGGGUUUUAUACUACUCCAAAAGGCCUUUUUGACGAUUUUACGUUGAUUUUCAAUAAUUGUCGAAAGUAUAACAACCCAUCAACGGUAUUCGUUAAUUGUGCAAAUCAACUCGAGAAGUACACGCGAAAAAUCGCCAAGAAAACUCCAGAGUGGCAGGAGUUUCUUGAAAAUAGUGCAUUCUGUUUUUUCUUUGCAAUUCGGUUCAUUGCUGGAUAA